GUGAACGAACACGAAUGGCCGCUGAUCUGCCGGAAAUUUUUGUUUACAAUCGAAAAAUCACUUGAAAAGCGGAUAAUUUCCGAAUUUCUACUUUUAUCAAGAUGGGAAAACACAAGGAGAAGUCGCACAAACGCGAUCGGGACAGACAUGGUGAGAGUAGUAGCAAGAGGAAGCGAGAUUCUUCGUCAGAAGAUGAGUAUGACCGCAUGGAAAAGGAGCGGCUUCGAGAUCUCAAGGAGCGAGACGAGUUUGCCGAGCGCCUCAAGCAAAAGGAUUUGGACAAGACGAAGAAAGUCGUGGAUAAAAGCAAUACCAAAUCAUAUGAAGAAGCGGCAAAGAGAUUGAAAAUGGAGGCCUUGGAUAGAGACAAUUUGUUGCCUACCUUGAGAAAAGAGUCGAGGCGACAAUAUUUGGCAAAAAGGAAGGAAGAAAAGGUGGAUGAGUUGGAAGCUGACAUUAGGGAUGAUGAAUAUCUCUUUGAUGAAAGAAGUCUGUCGAAACGAGAAAGGGAGGAAAGAGAGCAUAAAAAGAAAUUGCUCCAGCUUGCAAAAGAACAUGACAAAGCGAGGGAGUUGGAAAACAUUCAAAGAUAUCAUAUGCCCGUUGGAAAGAAAGGAGAAGAAGACAAAUAUGUUGAAAUUGACGAGCGAGAAAAGGCUCCACAUUCAGAGCAGAGAAAGUGGGAAGAGGAACAAAUGUCUUCUGCACAAUUCAGAUUUGGGGCCAGGGACGCAGGCAAAAGAAAAACCCAGGACGAGUACGACAUGCUCCUUGAUGAUGAAAUCGAAUUCAUCCAAGCUUUGCAAGAUCCGGGAAACAGGAAGAAAGAUGAAAUGGAAGAGAUUUCGGAGGCCAUGAAAAAGAAAAUGACUAUCGCAGAGACCAAGAAAAGUUUGCCAAUUUUUGCAUACAGAGACGACCUCAUCCAAGCAAUUAAAGACCAUCAAGUGCUGAUUAUUGAGGGCGAAACUGGCUCAGGAAAAACCACUCAAAUUCCCCAGUACCUGCACGAAGCUGGCUUCACAGCCGACAACAAGAAAAUCGGCUGCACUCAGCCUAGGCGUGUAGCUGCUAUGAGUGUUGCAGCCAGAGUAGCCCAAGAAAUGAGUGUAAAAUUAGGAAAUGAGGUUGGGUACAGCAUUCGGUUUGAAGACUGCACUUCCGAGAGAACUAUCAUCAAGUACAUGACUGAUGGAACUUUGCAUAGAGAAUUCCUCUCAGAGCCAGAUCUCCAAGGUUAUAGCGUCAUGAUCAUUGAUGAGGCUCACGAGCGAACACUUCACACAGAUAUUCUAUUUGGCCUAGUGAAAGACAUUGUUCGCUUCAGGUCAGAUUUGAAACUGCUGAUUUCCAGUGCUACUUUGGACGCAGAGAAAUUCUCCGAGUUCUUCGACGAUGCGCCAAUUUUCAGAAUUCCAGGCAGACGAUUCCCAGUGGACAUUUACUACACAAAAGCCCCUGAGGCUGACUAUAUUGAUGCUUGUGUUGUGUCAGUGUUGCAAAUCCACGUCAGUCAGCCUCUGGGAGACGUUCUAGUUUUCCUCACUGGCCAGGACGAGAUUGAAGCUUGCCAAGAGUUGUUGACAGAAAGGUCAAGGCGCUUGGGAAACAAAAUCAAAGAAUUGCUCAUCUUGCCAGUUUACGCAAAUUUGCCAUCAGAAAUGCAGGCAAAAAUCUUUGAGCCAACUCCUCCAGGUGCUAGAAAAGUAGUUUUGGCUACUAACAUUGCUGAAACUUCGCUCACUAUUGACAACAUCAUUUAUGUUAUUGAUCCUGGCUUUUGCAAGCAAAACAACUUUAACUCAAAGACUGGUAUGGAGUCACUUGUGGUAGUCCCCAUUUCGAAGGCUUCAGCAAAUCAGCGGGCAGGCAGGGCAGGUCGGGUUGCCGCUGGUAAAUGUUUCCGUCUUUACACAGCUUGGGCUUACGCUCAUGAGCUGGAAGAGUGCACCGUUCCUGAAAUUCAGAGGAUAAACCUGGGAAAUGCAGUUCUGAUGCUUAAGGCUCUUGGUAUUAAAGACUUGAUGAAUUUCGACUUCCUCGAUCCGCCUCCUCAUGAGUCACUAGUUUUGGCUUUGGAGCAACUGUAUGCUUUGGGGGCACUCAAUCAUGAGGGUGAACUAACCAAAUUAGGUCGGCGAAUGGCUGAAUUUCCUGUUGAUCCGAUGAUGGGAAAAAUGUUAUUGGCUUCAGAAAAGUACAAGUGCUCAGAAGAGAUACUGACAAUUGCAGCAAUGUUGUCAGUAAACAGCUCCCUUUUCUACCGGCCGAAAGACAAAGCCAUUCAUGCUGACACUGCCAGGAAAAAUUUCUUUGCCCAGGGUGGAGAUCACCUGACCCUUUUGAAUGUAUACAAUGAGUGGGCUCAGUCUGAUUUCUCAACACAAUGGUGCUACGAAAAUUAUAUUCAACACAGGUCAAUGAAGAGGGCAAGAGAUGUUAGAGAACAAUUAUCUGGGCUGAUGCAAAGAGUCGAAAUCAAGUUGGAGUCCAAUCCAUCAGAAUCUAUUAAUAUUAGAAAGACCAUCACUGCUGGAUAUUUCUAUCACAUUGCGAGAUUAGGCAAAGGGGGCCAAUACAAAACAGCAAAGCACAACCAGACUGUUACAAUUCACCCUAACAGCUGCUUAUUUGAGGAGUUGCCACGAUGGGUUUUGUAUCACGAACUAGUAGUCACAACUAAGGAGUUCAUGCGACAAGUGACUGAAAUUGAAAGCAAAUGGCUUUUGGAAGUUGCACCGCAUUACUACCAGGCCAGGGAACUGGAGGACUCUACAAACAAGAAGAUGCCGAAGGUAGUUGGAAAGUCAAAAAGCCAAUUAGCAGGCACCUCUGCUUCGUCGUGAUUGUGUGAGUGGUCGAUUGUUGAAUUAAGAUUAAACUUAAAGAAAUACUUAA